ACCAUAGCUUUCUCUUCUAACCUCUAUCAAUCUCUUCAUCCAGUACACCUUUGUUCUUUUUAAGUUAGAAUCAGUAGGAAAACAAUGGCUCCAACAGUUGCUGAACCAUUCAGUGAUUCCUCUGCUCUCAUCGAUUUCGUUAUUAAUCAAGGGAAUGGAGUGAAAGGUUUGUCCGAAAUGGGUCUCAAAGCUCUUCCUAAACAAUAUAUUCAGCCUUUGGAAGAAAGGAUGUGUAUGACCAAUGUCCAAGCUCAUGAUUCGAUCCCCGUAAUCGAUAUGUCGAAUCCGGAAGAUCCCGAAGUGACAAAAUCGAUCUGCGAAGCGGCUUCAAAAUGGGGUUUCUUUCAGAUUGUUAACCAUGACGUACCUGUUGAAGUUUUGGAGAAUGUUAAAGAUGCUACUUACAAGUUCUUUGCGUUACCGGCUGAGGUCAAGAAUAAGUACUCCAAGGAACAUUCGUCGUCGAACAACGUGAGGUUUGGCACGAGUUUUACCCCUCAAACCGAGAAGGCUCUUGAAUGGAAAGAUUACCUUAGCUUAUUUUAUGUCUCCGAAGAGGAAGCUUUUGCACUAUGGCCUUCCGUUUGCAGGGAACAAGUGCUAGAUUAUAUGAAGAAAUCUGAAGUUGUCAUUAAACAAUUAUUAAAAGUGCUAAUGAAUGGCCUAAAUUUGCAUGAGAUUGACGAAACAAAAGAAUUAUUGUUGAUGGGGUCAAUGAGGACUAACCUUAAUUAUUAUCCCAAAUGUCCUAAUCCCGAACUCACUGUUGGAGUUGGUCGACACUCUGAUGUCUCGACUCUCACGAUUCUCCUUCAAGACGAAAUUGGAGGGCUGUUCGUUAGAGGAAAUGACAGCGAUAAUUGGAUCCAUGUUCCUCCAAUCAAAGGUUCCCUUGUGAUCAAUGUUGGAGACGCAUUGCAAAUAAUUAGCAACGGCAAGUACAGAAGUGUCGAACAUCGCGUGGUGGCCAAUGGAAGCAAGAAUAGAAUCUCCGUCCCCAUUUUUGUGAACCCAAGGCCUAUUGAUAUGAUCGGACCAUUUCCUGAACUAAUCGAAAAUGGUGAGAAACUGAUUUAUAAACAAGUUCUUUAUUCAGAUUACGUCAAACAUUUCUUCCGUAAAGCACAUGACGGGAAGAAAACAGUUGUGUUUGCUGAAUUAUAAACAUUUUCAUCCAAUACUUGUAAACUUUUAUAGAUUUACCUUUCAAGAGGAAGGGUGAUAAGUGAAAAAAUAAAUAAAUUGUAAGCAUAAAGCUGAUAAUAUAUAUGUGUCAUGUACAUAUGUAAAAUGCCAAAACGAGUUCUUUUAAUUUAAGGUAAACUAUGUUCAUAGUCACUUUAAAAUAAA